UUGAAUCAACGCCGACACAUUAUAUUACAAAUUGAGAAAAUGAGUUCGAAAAAAAUUGCAAAUUACGCGGUUGGAAAAAAGAUAAUCGAAGGUAAAACGAAAAUUGUUUGGGAACUUGUCGAACAUCCAAAUUUAUGCCUUUUGGAAAGUAAAGACAGAAUAACUGCCGGAGAUGGAGUUAAAGCUCACGAUUUAGAAGGAAAAGCUGAAAUUUCAAAUGCUACAAAUGCUAAAGUUUUUGAAAUAUUAAAUUCUGUCGGACUUAAAACAGCUUUCGUUAAACCAGCCGGUCCAACCGCUUUUAUUUCGAAAAAAUGUGAAAUGGUACCGAUAGAAUGGGUUACUAGAAGGCUUGCAACCGGAAGUUUUCUUAAAAGAAGGCCUGGAGUACCGGAGGGUUUCCGGUUUAAUCCUCCUUUGCAAGAAACUUUUUUUAAGGACGACGCAAAUCACGAUCCACAAUGGACGGAAGAACAAAUUGUAUCCGCGAAAUUUAAAGUUAACGGUCUUGUAAUCGGUCAAGAUGAAGUUGACAUUAUGAGACGUACUACUGUUGUAGUAUUUGAAAUUCUUGAAAAAGCAUGGAAUACGAGAGAUUGUGCAUUGAUUGAUAUGAAAAUUGAAUUUGGAGUCGAUUCUGAAGGAAACAUCCUUGUUGCUGAUGUCAUCGAUAGUGACUCUUGGCGUCUUUGGCCAUCAGGAGACAAAAGAUUGAUGAAAGAUAAACAAGUUUACAGAAAUUUAACGACCGUUACUCAAGAGGAUUUAAAUACAGUAAAAAAUAAUUUCAAAUGGAUUUCAAAUCAACUUGAACACUUGACGCCCCCAACCAAUUCAUUGGUCGUAAUUUUAAUGGGAUCUCCAUCUGAUUCUGAUCAUUGUAUGAAAAUUGCAGAACAUUGUCAAAAAUUGGGUGUGCCAGCACAAUUGAGAGUGACUUCAGCACACAAAGGAACAUCGUCAACAUUGAAUGUUGUCGCUCAAUAUGAAGUAGUUUUUGUUGCUGUCGCUGGAAGAAGUAAUGGUUUGGGACCUGUGUUGUCUGGAAAUACUAGCUACCCCGUCAUAAAUUGUCCUCCUGUUAAACCGGACAAUGUUACCCAAGAUAUAUGGUCAUCUGUAAAUGUGCCAUCAGGUUUGGGCUGCACUACAGUUCUUUAUCCAGAAGCUGCCGCACUUGCAGCUGCUCAAAUUCAUUCACUUCACGAUUAUAUAAUUUGGUCAAAACUCAGAGUUAAACAAUUAAACAACCACAACAGUUUGAGUUUGGCUGACAAAGCAAUGAGAAACACAGUUUUAUAA